GCUGAUGCGCGCUCCCGCACCUCGCAGUUGUUCGCGUCUCAGGCGCGCGCGGGCGGAGAGUGGCACAGCAGGGUGGAUUAAUAAUGUUCUGUAGGAUCCACUGACUCCAGAUCACUUCAUCACCAGAACAAGUAUCUUCCCUCGCUCCCUCGUCCCCUUGCUCCCUUGUUCCCUCCCUCCCUCGUCCCCUCGCUUUGUGGCCAUGGAGGCUCGAGGAAAAUUUGAUUUCAACGCCACGGCGGAGGACGAGCUCAGCUUUCGCAAAGGAGACACCCUGAAGAUCCUCAGCACUCAGGAUGACUGGUUCAAAGCAGAAAUGCACGGACACGAAGGAUUCGUCCCUAAAAACUACGUGGACAGACAGAUACCCAGCUGGUUCCAGGAGAACGCCAGCCGCGGCGCUGCAGAGGAAAUUCUCAUGUCCCGGGAGGUCGGAGGCUUCCUGAUCCGCGGCAGUCAGAGCUCACCUGGAGAUUUCUCCAUCUCCGUCAGACACGAGUUUGACGUGCAACAUUUUAAGGUGAUGAAGGACAAUAGAGGUCAUUAUUACCUGUGGAGCGAGAAGUUCACGUCCCUCAACAAGCUGGUGGACUUUUACAGAACAUCAUCCAUCUCCAAACAGAGGGAGAUCUUCCUGAGAGACGGGAGCCGAGAUGAACUGAGAGACCCGGCACCUCAUCCGGUAAAGAGAAACAAUCUGGACGAGCGACCCCAACCUUCUGCUUCAGCACCCCGCAGACCAACAGAGCAAACUCACACUCAGCAGAAUAAGCGAGGAAGUUUGGAGGAGAGAGCUCACCCCAUGGGUCCUGCAGGCAGGAACAGUCCUGUUAGUACUCUUCCAACAUCCAGACGCGCUUCUGAAGUCAUACCUGCACCGAGGCCGGCUGUACAGGUGAAGGCUCUGUACGACUUCAUGGCAGAGGAAGACGACGAGUUGGGCUUCAACACCGGUGACAUCAUUGAGGUUCUGGAUCGUUCCGAUGCGUCGUGGUGGAGAGGACGCCUGCGCGGGAACGUCGGACUUUUCCCUGCUAACUACACGGCUCAGAUAUAAACCACCCGGAGAACCGGUUCUUCUGCGGUGCUUUUCACUUCAAGUCGGAUCUUUUCCUUUCAUCACUGAUUACGAGGACGAGGACAGGAUAAUGACGUUAAUUGUCAUUAAUUGGAUUAAUUGGAUUAAUUACAGAAUUAUGAUUAGUGUGAGGUACGAUUCCGUCUCAGUCGAGACCCGACACACGGACGGGAAUGCAUUCCUAUUCCUGCUUUUCCACUGAGUAAUGUACAUCGCUGUUCCUCAAUCCUGCUCCUGAUUAAAUGCUGAGUUUAUAUUUAAUAUUCAGUUUAUUAUAACUGACAUCAGAGCCGUGAUUAAUCCUUUUCAUCAGGCAGCCUAUAAAACACAACUUUUUCCCCUGAAGCUUGUAAAACAGAUUAUUUUUUAAUUUUCUCCCCCCCUUUUUUUUUUUUUUUUUUUUUUGCAGUAGUCUAUAUAACUGACCCUAAAAGUUCUUCUUAUUGUUGUAUUUUAUAAAAUAAACCUCAAUAUGCUCUUUACUGUAGUCUAUUA